AAACUACCGAGGCAAACAAAGGACUGAGGCUCGCUCUCCUCCACAAGUGGAAGGCGCGUUGAGACGGUGCUCUGCAGUUUUUGUUUUUGUUUUCCAAUGGAUCACUGUUCUGUUGGCUUUCCUUCUCAUCAAGCCAGCCACUUCUCCUUUGUUAGCCGUUGUUUUCCUUCAAAGUAAAGUUGUCCGCUGUCCACUGUUUUCAAUGUUCUGGAAUACUCGUCAUGAUGAAUACACGAAGUCGGAGACCUAUUGUUUCAACGGAAACCCGUCCUGCGGCAUGUCAGCUAUGUGGCUAUGAUGACGAGGAUGUUCUGCUUUACGGCGAGAUGUUCAAGGGAGCCGUUACUGUGCACCACUACUGCAUGCUGUCAGCGGAUGGUUUACCGCAGAACGGUGGAGAUGACGAGGGUUUCAUGGGAUUCCUGGUCAAGGACAUCAAAGCCGAGCUACAGCGACCUCGGCAGAAAUGCUCCUACUGCCAACAGCCAAAUGCACGCGUGCGCUGUAUGUACGGCGGCCGUGUACGUCCGUGUGGCAAGUACUUCCACUACCCGUGUCUGCUGCAUCGCCAGGGUAUCAUGCAGUUCUACGACGACUUCCGUACACUUUGCAGCGAGCACCGACCGACGCAAAAGCAGCUGAUCGGCAAGCGCAGGCAGCGUUGGUGUCAGGAGGCGUCCCUCUGCUCGUCGUCGUCAUCGCUCUCCCCAUCGGCAUCGCCCUCUUCUUCCAUGCAUGCUAGCAGUGAUGUGUGCACCAGCGCGAUGUCCUCUCAAGCCUGUCCGUACUGUAUGGAACCAGUGGGUGAUAUCAACAGCUACGAUGUAUUACUGGGUCCCUGCUGCAAGCGUGGCAUCUACCACCGCGAGUGUUUGCAGAGCCAGGCACUGUCGGCUGGCAGAUAUUUCUUCCGCUGUGGAAUGUGCAACAACAGUAAAUCCUUCCUGGCUGAGAUGAUGCGCAUGGGCAUCAAUGUACCCAUCCAAGAUGCUGCAUGGGAAACGGAGGAUGGUGCGUUUGAGGAUCUCCUUACUGUGUACUCGCAUUGCGACGCCGACGUAUGUCUGUGUGAGCAAGGGCGAGAUCAUUCAGCAGAUUCUGGAGCGUUUAGCAUCAAGCGCUGCGACCACUGCGGCCAGGCGGCCACCCACCUGCGCUGCUCCGGUUUCAGCGCCUGUCCGGGCGAAUGGCGAUGUCCACUCUGUACCAGCAUUCUGACAAAGGCACAUGAUCAACUGCUUGCUAACUCAGCCACUGACACCACUACUGACAAUGCCAGCAGCAGCAGCAGCAGUACUAACAACAACAGCAGCAGCAGCGGCAAUGACAUCAAUUGUCUUUCCAGGAGCUCGACAGCCGUGCCGCGGCAUUCGAGUCCAACCGUGCACGCCAGCCCCAGCACUAGCAAGGCUGCUUCACGACGCGGCAGUCGCGGCAAUCACGCCUCACCUCCGCUGCCUAGCCCGCCGACCGCAUUGCUGAGUUCCUCGUCGUUGCCGUUGUCCUCGCGUAGCCGUCCCUCCUUAUCGUCAUCAUCGUCAUCUCUAGUCUCGCUUGGGCUGUCACCCGUCACCGGCGGACCCCUCAUGCCGUUGUUAUCGUCGGUGUCAUCAUCGACGUCACCACUGACGUUUAGUCUCGAUGCCCUUGCUAAUGCCGUCGCUGGUUUACGCUCCUGCUCCUCAAUUCCCGGUACUCCCGCCAUCGCCGCCGUUGACAGUGAUCUGCAUCAUCGUCGUCGGCGUAGUGUGGCCGCUGCACUUGCCACAUCCGCCGUCUCCGCCAACACACGCCAUCGCACUAGUUGCGCCGCAGCAGCCAGGCGUUGCUCCCUAGCCAUGACGUCAUCACCACGGCAACGGAGACGGCAGUCCCGUACAUCACCGGCGGCGCAGCCACCCUACAAGCUGCGGUGUGACGCCGCGCCAUCGUCGUCGUCGCGAGUAGCGACUUCCUCACUUGCUGCGCCGCGGCGGCGAAGAUCACAGCGGUCGUCAAGAGGCUGCCACCAUCGGUUCGAUCGCUCCGACCUGUAUUACUCCGCCGUGUCGACGGGUCCGGUGGCGACAGCAGGGCAUUGCAAUGAGCAGCAGGAGCAUGCUGAGCUGGACCCGCGGAAUCAUCAUCAUCGCCGACGGCGCACUCCCUAUACAUCCAUGCCUUACAGCAACAGCAGCAGCAGCACUAGAGCAGGUAGCGCUUCGGGACCACCUAGAUCCGCUCAGGCCUCACCAUUACUUCCAACCGCUUACUCCUACUCCUCAUCGUCGUCAUCGCCAGUGCUAGAUUGCCCUGCCGUGACCCCGCCGACGUCUCGGUCAAGCUCCGGCUUGACGAGUGACGCCGGUUCCGCGGGGGACUCAUCCGCACAGCUACUCUCACCACCGCAGUCGUCAUCGUCGUCGUCGCCGACAUCGUGCCAUUCUCUGCCGUCGAUAUCGGUGUGCGUGGACGAUGCCGAGUGGGUCGAGGUGGUCGUGGACGAGUUCUGUCCGGGACAGAACGUGGUGCAGUGCUCCGAGUGGUCGCCGAACCGCACCAACAACUGCCUCGUUCAGCAGCAUCCCGAGCCACCGACGUCGCUGCUGUUCGAUGCCAGUAUGCUGGUCGAUGUGCACCUACCCACGCCACGUAACUCGUCACCGGAUGAGCCACCAGUACCUUGUGACUGCUCCGGCAACCGCUUCACCUGCCAUAGCACUGGCAGCAAUAGUAGUAGUAAUGGCAGCAGCAGCAGCAGCAGUAGCAUUAGCAGUGAAGUAGACUCUAAUCUAACAAGUGGCUACAACUCGGCCUGUUCGCCUUUGCUCUCACAUCGCCCAGUGUCGCCAACUACCUCUAGUGUGGAGAGCAACCAGUGUGAACCGUUGCUACGGCCUCUGACACGCUAUCAACAGCAGCAGCAGUCACGUCAGCAGGCAACGCAUGCUGGAAAUGCCGCUUCGACUACCAGUCAGCGCACCAGUGCCGGAGAUGGUCGCCGCGAGGGAAAGCGGCUCUCGUCACGAGCACAGCUACAGCUUCUAUCUCGCCAAUCAGCAACGUUCUCCCCUGUGGCUUCGCCGCGGCAACCUCUGUCUCCUUCGCCGUUGCGCCGCUCUGCUCAGUCUACUAGGCUGCGGGUCAAGUCUUCUCGCCGUAAACCCAGUUCGCGGUCAAGGACUUCCAAGCGCCCUCCGAAGAACCGCUCACAAUCACAAUCAUCACCAUUGCCUGCGGGUGUGUCGAAACUGUCCCGCAACGGCCAGUCCGUGGCUCCGUACCGCUUUCUCCGCCGUGGCGGUCGCCACCAUGACGACCGCAACCAUGACGACAACAACACCGCGUGGAGUGUGCCCAGUGCACAGCCGCGGACAACACCACCGCUGACAACAGAGGAGGAGGAUAUCACACACCCGUCCAAGUCAGUUUCGCACGGCUACCUGCGCACCAAGAGGCGCCUGCGUGCAGUUGUCGUGCCGCGCAUGCAUGCCACCACCGUCACCAUGGCAACGUAGUGUCGCUGGACGUUGUUACCACUGAUCAUGAUGGCAGUUAGGACUUCAAUUGAAAAUUGUUUUCUAGGUAUGUUCUGCUGUCAAAUUCGUACUUACUGCCAUGGCAACUGCUAUGCAAUGCUGUAAAGCCGGCUGGAUGUAUUCAAUUGCUACUAGUGUUGCAAGUGAUGUCUUUUUUUACUGCUUUCCACUUUUCAAGUUCCCGGUCUUAGUAUUAUAGAAUUGAUUGUUCCACGGCAUUUUCCACUACUAACCCCCUUAGAAUUUCUGCUGGUGUAUGUAUCAUUGAAAUGUUGCAUGGCAUAACCCACCCUAUGUACACUGUCUCUCUCUCUCUCUCUCUCUCUCUCUCUCUCUCUCUCUCUCUCUCUCUCUCUCUCUCUCUCUCUCUCUCUCUCUCUCUCUCUCUCUCUCUCUCUCUCUCUCUCUCUCUCUCUCUCUCUCUCUCUCUCUCUCUCUCUCUCUCUAGUUAGUAUACUGUGAGCACUUGAACUGUUGUAAUAAUACACUGUUCGUCUUAGCUUUUUCCAAAUUUCUUUUUAAGUUUUAUUUGUGGAUUCACUGCGUUUAGCUGUUCCUGUUUUCUUUUUUAAAUAAUACUUUUUAGUGGUUUGAGCAUGCUUCAAAGCCGCUCGCUGUUGCCCACACAUGCACCACCGUGGCCGUCCAGUCCCCUCACGAAACACACCCUAGUCACUCACUGAAAUGCUGUCUUGUUCUCGUAUCAGGCCCGCGCGCAACUUUGUGAUGUUCUUUGCUUUGCUUUGCUAUGCUUUGCUGGCCUGUGCUUAUCGUAAUACGUAGGCGCUUGAUCCACCGGUGCUCACCGAUAGACUGCAUGGCAUAUACGGCCUCGUAACAAUCUUGACUUUCUGGAAUCUUGCUGAUCUUCUGGCUAGAAACACUGGCUACCGUUGAAAAGACGUUUUACUGCACGCUGUGA